GUGGUUUGUUCCACCGGUUGGAAGGAUGAGCUACGGGCGGUGUAACAUUUCCACGAUCGCCGUGUGUUUAUAGAUGUACCAGCUUGCAGCAUAUCCACAAGAGACCUAUUCUCAUACCACUAAUGAUGGUGGCUAGUUCGAAGAGCAUCUCAUUAAUUUACCUUUGGAAUUUUUUUUUAGGAACAAUAUCAAAUAUCGUAUUUUAUGUGACAACAACAAAUUUUAUUUGAUAACAAAACAGCAGACGUCAGGAAACAUUACUUAGGAAAAACAUCACAACAAACAAAAUGCUGCACAACAACAUGGAUUUAUUUCUGCGAAUCCGGAUUUUGUUUUCAAUGAUUAAACUGUGAUGAAUUAUCGUCUGCUAACACCUGUGGAUACCGCAGAUCAAACUAAUCAAUAAAUGUAUUGGCAAUAAAUAACAGCGUCACAGAACUUCAUCCAUAUUCAAAGUUUGCGAAGACUAAUCGUCUGCUGAGCAGAACUGUGCUUAAUGACUUCCGGAAAAGCACGUGCGUGUUUGUGUCUGCCGCUGACAAAGAAAAGGAAUGAAUCGUGAAUUCGGGUAAUCGAAACAAAGCAUUCGCGAGUGGUCAUUUGGAAAGAUAUAUUUGGAAUGUGUAAACAAGAACUAUGUGUUUGUGAGAGCCAAAAUCUCGCCAGUUAUCAAAUCAAAAAUAAAACGGAACCACCAAGCAAUCGCCGACAGAAAAAAAACUAAUACUCUGUUGAAAUGAUGUUUAUAGGUAAUUAUUAUGGCGACAUUUCCGAGUACGAAAUAAUUGCGAGAAUUAACGUUAACUACCGUUGCGGAACUUGAUAGAGAGCUCUGUGGAUAAAACGGAUACACGGUUUCGGAAGGAUAGACAUGGUUGUUGCUCCUGGAAAGCUAAGCGUGAUUCCAAUGCCGAAGUUAAUUUUGUCAGUUGACUAGACAAGCCAGAUGUUUUGUUUAUUAAAAGGCAAUUAACAGGCUGGAAUUAGCUUUAAAUAUAAAAUGUGGACUACCACGUUGGAAUUACAAAUAGGAUUAUAUGUGGCAUUUUAAGUCUGGAAUGUAACGGGUCAUCCGUCAUAACAGAUUUAUUGAAAUAUGGCAAGGCAUAUUUCUUAAAACAACAUAGAAACGAGGAAAUAGAUUUAAUUCUGAACUGCAGGGAAAAUCUAAGACCGCAAACACAUUGAAAGAGAUAUAUGGAAAAUGUUCGAUACGUGAUCUUACAACAGUGAAAAUAGUUUAAUAUUGGAAACACUAUAUGAAAUAAAUAUAUUGGAAGUUUUCGAUACUGGAACUUAUUACAACGUAUUCGUGAUUGCAAAACGUGAAAAUAUUGUGUGUUCAUGUUCCAGUCAUAAAGCAGAGAAAUUUAAAAAGGAAAAUCAUGUUCACAAGCGAAGAAAUAGCUAAAAGUCGCCGACGGCGUAAACAAUGGACAGCACAGGCGUAUGCUCGGCAUAAUGAUCAAGGUGACGUCAACAUGCCCGGGAGAUCAGCAUACAGCAAGCGUGCUACGUCGAGACUCAACCUGAGCGCAGACAAGGGGCUGGGAGGGCACAAAUCAUUGUCGUCGUUGGAGGAAGAGUUCAUCUUCGCGGCGGAGUUUGGCGACAUCCCCACCGUGCAGCGACUCCUCGAGGAACACCACAACUUCAACGUCGAUUACAGUGACAUCCUCGGCAGAACGCCGCUACGGCUGGCCGUCGGCAACGAGCAUCUCGAGGUAGUGGAACUACUACUGGACAAGUGUAACAUCAGCAACAUCCACGAGGCGCUCCUCCAAGCGAUCAGUGCGGGCCACGAGCAGAUCGCCGAGACGAUCCUCAAACACCACAAGUACAAGGAUUCGAGCAAGGACAACAAGCGUUUCGGCGAGGCCGACUACUUCUACAACACAACCAGCGAAGACUCGCCAUUCUCCUCCGACAUCACGCCGCUCAUCUUGGCGGCGGAGCGCAACCAGUUCGAGAUAGUGCAGUUGUUGUUGUUGCGGGGAGAGACGAUCCCGAAACCUCACCACUAUUACUGUCACUGUCAGGAGUGUAGUAACAAACUCGAGUUCGACCAGUUACGGCUGGCUAAGACGCGGCUAAACGCGUAUAAGGGACUGGCGAGCGGGGCCUAUAUUUCCUUGUCGAGUAAGGAUCCCAUUCUGACUUCGUUUGAGUUAGCGCGAGAGUUGAGAGCUGUUGCCAAAGUGGAGAAAUAUUUUAAGAACGAAUACCUCUCGAUGGCCGACCAGUUGAGCAUUUACGUGGUCAAGCUACUGGACAAGGUGCGAGGCCACACUGAGCUCGAGAUCCUGCUCAACAAGACGGGGGCUGACAGCAGCGACGAGUCUUACACGAUGCUGUCCAGGCUCAAGAUGGCCAUUCGAUACAACGAAAAAAAGUUCGUGGCCCACCCGAGCUGCCAGCAGAAGUUGGUCAGUAUUUGGUACUCGGACCUGCGCACCCUGGAGCGAGCCAACUGGUUUUACCGAUCCCUCAUCGUCGUCUGCAUCACUGCCUUGUACCCCGUGUUAGCCGUCGUAUACUGGGUGGCGCCGCAUUCCAUGGCAGGGCGAUUUCUGCGCUACCCGUGUGUAAAGUUCAUCGGGCAGAGCAUGUCCUUUAUGGCAUUCCUUGCAAUGAUUCUGAUCUCGACGGCCAAGGAGACGUCCCACCGACGUCUGUCUUACUUCCCCGAUGUGCACCACCUCUACAACCUGAAGAUCCGUACGAACCAGUACCCGGACGAUUUCGUCUUGAGGACGUUCGAAGCGGAAUACAUCCACAUUAUAAUGACCAUCUGGAUCGCUGGCAUGCUGUGGCAGGAGUUGAAACAGUUGUAUGGAGAUGGGGUGUCGCACUACUUUGAUUCGCUGUAUAACUAUCUCGACAUGUCUGUGCUUACCUUAUACGUGGCGUCCUUCACGCUCAGAUACGUGUGCGUAUUCAAGGUUAAAGGAUCCUUGGAAUACUUCAGACAAACUGAGUCAUGGGAACUGCUACUCAACAAUACACAAGAAGCUAGAUACCAGUGGUACUGGUUACCUGCAGAUCGCUUCUACUGGGACAGCUGGGACCCGUACAACAUGGCGGAGGCGACGUUCGCUCUGGCCAACGUGAUCAGCUUCUCCCGCGUGUCAGCCGUCCUGCCCACCAACGAGCUGUUCGGACCUAUGCAAAUCUCACUGGCCAGGAUGAUCACGGAUAUUCUGAAGUUCGCCGUCAUCUUCGUCGUGCUGUUCAUAGCGUUCAUGGUUGGUCUUCACAAUCUGUACUGGUAUUACCCCAAGCAGGUCCGGGGUGAAGUGGAACUCUUUGACCACAACAUCACCACGGAGGCAGAGAAACACUUUGGCAUCCCUGAUAUUACGUUUCGGACCGUCUUUUGGUCGAUGCUUGGUAGGGGUGAGCCCCAGGCGGUCGAGCUGGACGGGUACAACAACAUGUUCACACAGAACGUUGGUUACUGGAUAUUCGGCGUCUACAAUGUGGCCGUUGUCAUUGUCUUAUUGAACAUGUUGAUCGCUAUGAUGUCAAGGUCAUUUGAGAUUAUUCAGGCGGAAGCAGACACGGAGUGGAAGUUUUCACGAAGCAAGCUCUACAUGGAGUACAUCAACCCAGAAUGCACGCUUCCUGUCCCGUUCAACAUUGUGCCUACACCUAAGUUCUUCGUUAACUGUACUAAAAGUAUUAUAUCAAAGUUUCAUAAAACAGACGAAUUACCUCCAGUCCACCAUCCAGGGAGAAUCAAAGAUAUUGAGAUGUUUUCUCAAGGGAAUGCUUUUGAAGUGACGCCAGUUGACCUUCGGAACGGCGAAAGACGUGACGUCAAUAGUCCGGGCAUUCAGCACUUCCGGGAGAGAAUGGCAACCACCAAUGGAUUCGUGCGCAAUGAUUCUGACCCCACAUUAUUCAAUGAUAAACUUACAUACAAGCGUGUGAUGAAGAGAAUAGUGAAAAGGUAUAUUUUUGACACGCAGCGUGAAGUAGAUAGUACUGAAGGUGACUUUGACGAGUUGAAACAGGACAUAUCUAGUUUUCGCUACGAGAUGCUGAAUCAUCUUGGUCAGCGACAGAGACAGUCGGACUUCAAUAGUCAGAUGUUAGAAAAAAUAAACCAAAGAUUAGACAGUUUGUCCACCCAGCAAGAACUCAUAGCCAAACACUUACUCGGACCCAGAUCAGUAGAUUCUCAGCUUGCUGUUACAGACGAUUCGAAAGACGACACCGUCACUAACGAGGCUUCAGACGUGUCGCCAGUCUCUAUGUCUCAACUUGUGGAAGAGUUGGUGACAAAUUCCUCACGGAAUAGACCGACCGUUGGAAACCUUAGAAUUAUUCCAGAAGAGACAAAAGACGGUCGAGACGUGGCGGUCAGAGACAGUGGGGGGAAAGUGUCCGGUUCUUACGUGGGUAGUUCCUCAAUCGACGCCGCUCCAAAGACUGAUGAAUCGGAGUCGCUACUAUUUGUAGAUGCACUGGAGGUGGAGGUUGAAGUUAACGUGUCUCCUGCACCUCUGGCAUGUGGUGAUGAGGAUGAACAUCUUUGAUGGGGUGAAAAAAAAGGAAUAAGCUUUUGUGACAAGGAUGAACAUCUGUGAUGACAGUAUGAACACCUGUGAUAACAAGGAUUAAAAUAUGUGACGAGAAUAAACAUCUAUGAUGACGUGGAUGUGUUGAGAAGAAUAAGUAUCUGUCUUGACAAGAAUGAACAUAUAUUUAAAAAAAAAAUGAAAAUCUGUGACAAGGAUGAUCAGUUACGUUAAUACAGAUGAACAUCUAUUUUGAGAAGAAGGAACAUAUAUAUAUAUAUAUAUAUAUAUAUAUAUAUAUAUAUGUUGACAAGAGUAAACAUCUAUGUUGACAACAAUGAACAUAUAUAUGUUGACAAGAAUAAACAUCUAUGUUGACAACAAUGAACAUCUAAUUUGACAAGAAUGAACAUCUAUGUUCACAAGAAUGAAAUCAGUGUUGACAAGACAAGGAUAAACAUCUGUAUUGACAAGGAUAAUCGUCUGUGUUGACAAGAAUGAACAUCUGGACUGACAAGAAUGAGUAUGUGCAUUGACAAGAAUGAACAUCUGUUGUCAAGAAUAAACAUCUAUGUUGAUAAGAAUGAACGUCUAUGUUGACAAGAAUGGACGUCUAUGUUGACAAGAGUGAACAUCUGUGAUGACAAAAAUGAACAUCUGUGAUGCGGACAAACGUCUCUGAUGACAUGCUUGUAUCACUUGUUAUAAAAAAAGUGCCUGCAUUUAUGAAAACGUAAAGCUUGUUAUGCAAGACAAUGUCAUGUGUAUAUAGAUAUGAAGUUGUGAUGCGAUUAAACAGAGCAAUGUCUCCCACGGUUUCCUGACGUUCUCAAAGCAGUGUCUCAUAAGGAGUUUAACGAUUCUUCUGAAAGUUUUUAUGACGACUAAGGAAUUGUGAUUACUCUAAUAAAAGGAAUGCAUUGUGAGAAGUUUCAUAACUUCAGAAAUAGUGUGUACUAUCGAAUGACAUGGUUAUUCUGAAAGUAAUGCAUUCUGAGGAAUUUUAUGAUAAUUCUGAAAGUGAUACAUUUUACAGAAUUUCUUGAUUCUUCAAAAAGUGACAUAUCCUAGGGAAUGAAAUGAAUCAUAAAAAUGAUGUAUUCUAGGAAAUGAAAUGAAUCUUAUGAAAAUGAUGUACUCUAGGGAAUGACAUGAAUCUUGUAUAAGUAACAUCUUUGGAAUCCCAAAUCUUCUAAAAAGUACACUUAUUGAAUCUUUUAACAGAUGUAAAUCAGAGCAUAUAGGAAUGUGUUAUUUAAUCUAUGUUUAUAACACCAAAAACGAGAGUUUAUGUUGCAGAUUUAUAAAGGAAACAUUAUGAUAACUUGCUCCCUUUUGAGAUCAUGUUGACUCCGAAAAGGUCUGAAAGGACAAUGAAAUAUUAUUUAAAAAGAC